AUGAAUAAUUCUGAGGUGCCUCAAACUAGGCCGCCUGUUCCUGAAGACAUGGAUUUCACAAAUGUUUCCUCCAAAAUCCCCAUCACUGAGUGUCUGGAGAAGUCAUCCAAUUCUUGCCACAAAUUCUCUGCUCCUUCGUAUGAGACAUUUGAUCAAGCACCAAUGAUUUCUGGACCCCUUUCAAAUAUUCAAAAGAAAGGGCUUUCCAAGAAGGAACUUGACAGACUUACUUCAAAACACUAUGACUGUGUUAUCUCAGAGGCUACCGAAAAAAUUGAAAAAAUACUCGACACACUUUACUUGCCUGAAAAAGUCAUUUUGUACAUCAAACAAGCAUCAACCCAUUGUAAAAAAAGAUUGAGAAACGUCAAAAUGGAGAUACCUCCUCCCAUUUCCAAUGGAGUGAUUUUAAUUGACCUCACCGCACCAUCUCCCAAACCACCUACUCUCCGCCAAUCUUCACGAGCAAAGGCUGGUGCUCCUCCUUAUUCUGGCUCCCAAAGGCACUCAAAAGGGUUCAGCACCAAACGCAAACUUGUGUGUCAGGACGAGGAAGACAAAUUGGCCAAAGGAGAGCCCCAUGGAACAAAAAGGAUCAUUAUUGAUGAUGAACAUGACAAAAAUCUAGAUGUAACUGCUAUUGAGGAGAAGAACAAUCAGGCUGCAGAAGUUGAUCACGAAAAUAGUCAUAAUGAUGAAAUAAAUAAAAGUCUGGAUAGUAACAAUUUGGUUAUCUCUUCUGAUAGUAUUGAUAUUGAGAUUGAUGCUACUCAAACUCAGAUAAAUAAAGAAGGAUCUACAAUUCCUCCUAUUCCUUCUCAUCAAGUCAAUACUCAAUCACACAUUUUGGACAAUCAAUCUGGCCCUUCUCCUUCAAACCAAGUAGACACAGAACAACAAGUUCCUUCUCCUAAUACAAUUAAACCACCUACUUUGGAUCAAAUGGAGAUUGACAAGCAAAAUGGUCAGACUGAAGAAAUGAAUACAAGUAGUAAUGAUUCAACUAAUCUUGAAACCCACAUCAACAAAUCCCAAUUAAACAAUCCGGCUACCAAACAAACAGCUCCUGCUCCCAUUAACACAACUCAAAUAGAACCUCCAAUUAGCCCAAAUCAAUUGCCUCCCCCCGUUCAUCCAGUCGGUAUGGAAGAAAGCAAAACUCAAUCAUCAAACGUACCACUUCAAUCCAAACUGAACAUGGCCAAUGACAAUACACAAAUAGAUACAGAAAUACCUUUGCAUGAUGUUGUUCACUCAGUUGCCACACUUUCUAUAUCAUAUAAUCAAUCCAAAAACCUUCCACCAUUGUUCUUAACUAACCAAGACAUUUUAUUCAAUUCAUCUCAAUCUUUCCUGUCUCAUCCACAAAGAAUGUGGCCAGCCCAGUACAAGACUGGGCAAGACACUGUGAUCAGUUUGCUUUGA